AUUUUGAAUUGAGAUUUUGAAACUCGCCCCGUCUUUUGUGGGGCUCCUGCUCUGCUAUAAGUUCUGCUGUGAGCUCCUCUACAACUUAACCAAACCUUGAAGAGCAGUGAAACUAUGGCUACCGAUCCUCCCCUUGCCUUACUUCAAUCGCGAGUGCUUCUUGCUCUCUUAGCCAUUUCAUCACUCGUGCUCCAAACAGUUGCUCUAGCUCAAGCACAAGCAGUCUCUCUCGAAGAAGCGAGCGCACACGAUCUCCAACUUGCUUUCAGGCAAAACAAACUCACCUCAACGCAGCUGACUAAGUUCUAUCUCAACCGGAUUCGGAGGCUCAACCCGCUCCUCAGAGGUGUCAUAGAGGUGAACCCAGAUGCGCUGCGCCAAGCCGAUAGAGCGGACCAAGAACGUAAGGCGAAGCCACACGGCUCGCUCUCUGCCUUGCACGGGAUCCCUAUACUGCUUAAGGAUAACAUAGCCACCAAAGACAAGAUGAACACCACGGCGGGCUCGUUUGCGCUUCUCGGCUCGGUUGUGCCUCGGGAUGCUGCGGUAGUGGCUCGGCUGAGGAGGGCCGGGGCCGUGUUGCUGGGGAAGGCAAGCUUGAGCGAAUGGGCUAACUAUCGUUCUUUUGCCGGCCGCAGUGGAUGGUGUGCCAGGAGCGGCCAGGGAAAGAAUCCAUACAAUCUAUCAGCUACUCCUUGUGGGUCAAGUAGCGGGUCGGCCAUAUCCGUGGCAGCAAAUAUGGCGGCGGUGUCACUGGGAACGGAGACGGACGGCUCAAUCUUGUGUCCCUCCAGUUCUAACUCGGUGGUGGGCAUCAAACCCACCCUUGGCUUGACCAGUCGAGGUGGGGUUAUCCCCAUCACUCCCAGACAGGACACUGUUGGGCCAAUGUGCAGGACUGUUGCAGAUGCCGUCAAUGUCCUCGAUGUCAUUGUAGGAUUCGAUCCUUAUGAUGAUAAAGCCACUAGAGAAGCGUCCAAGUACAUCCCGCGAGGGGGUUACAAGCAAUUUCUCAAAGUCGACGGGCUCAAGGGCAAGAGACUCGGAAUUGUUAAACCUUUCCCUUUCUUUGACUCCUACUCAGGAACUCCGUUCGCCAAAGCAUUUGAAAGCCAUUUUAACACCCUGAGGAAACAAGGCGCAGUAUUGGUGGACCGCUUGGACUUAGCCGACUUCAGUAAAAUCUACUCUGAUAGAAGUGAAGGAGUAGCAAUGUCUGCCGAGUUCAAGCUAGCCCUGAAUACUUACCUUCGAGAUUUGGUUGUCUCACCAGUCCGAUCCCUUGCAGAUGUAAUUGCCUUCAACAACAAGCACAAGCAUGCGGAAAAGACCGAUGAGUACGGUCAGGACUUGUUCAUCGCAGCGCAAGCCACGAAUGGGAUCGACAAGACUGUGAAAUCAGCGUUGCAAAAUAUGACCAGAUUGAGCCGAGACGGGUUUGAGAAGCUGAUGAGGCAGAACAAGUUGGACGCAUUGGUGACUCCUGAAAGUACAGCGGCACUGGCUCUUGCGAUCGGGGGCUUCCCAGGAAUAAGCGUGCCUGCUGGAUAUGACGAGGAUGGAGUGCCCUAUGGGAUUUGCUUCGGAGGCUUGAGAGGCUCCGAGCCUACACUUAUUGAAAUCGCUUACGGGUUCGAGAAAGCCACCAAGAUCAGGAGGCCUCCUUCAUUCCUGCGGUGACCCGCCGGUGAUUAUCAGGUCGAUGUAUCUCAGGCCAAGCUCUUGCGUGUGUGGUAGCUUCUCUGUUAUUGGAUUAGAUCCAAGCGAUGGAAGCAGCAAUGAAAUAAGCAGUCUCAUUCAAAGAUUAAGAAGUGAGCCUGUCGAACAAUAACUAUUUAGAAUGGCGCGUUCACUCAUUCCUCUUCUUUGUUGGAUAUUGCGGAAGCGUGUGUGUGUGCAAGUGUGUAUGAACUAUGGCAAGGUGAAAAAACUUUAUUAUGAUAGUUGGUUUUACAAGA